AUGUCUACUCCUGCAGAACGCCAAGCCCAACAUCAGACUCUCAUUCCCGCCGACGACGAACCAUCACCUUAUCCAGCUCCUCAGCCCACUCUGAAUCCGCCCGCAUCUACAUCCAUCAUGUCUCGUUUCAGCAUCCCCAUCGACGCCCUGACGUCGCGCUUGAACCUCAGUGGACGCUUCGACAGCCUGAGCAACACCUCCGUGUCCUCGCGAUUCGCCAAUCUGCGCCCCAUCUCCGAGUUCUUCGACGUCAAGCGCGUCUCUAAGCCAGCCAACUUUGGUGAGGUCCAGAGCCGUGUCAACUACAACCUGGGCUACUUCUCCAGCAACUAUGCCGCCGUCUUCGUCAUGCUCAGCAUAUACAGCCUGCUCACCAAUCUGAUGCUGCUCUUCGUCAUCGUCUUGGUCGUAGGGGGCAUGUUCGGUAUCGGAAAGCUCCAAGGUAACGACCUGCAACUGGGUAGCUGGCGCGCCACCACGUCCCAACUCUAUACCACUCUCUUCCUCGUCGCAGUCCCUCUGGGUCUAUGGGCCUCGCCCUUUACCACCGUUCUCUGGCUCAUCGGAGCCUCCGGUGUCACCAUCUUGGGUCAUGCCGCAUUUUUGGACAAGCCCAUCGAACCACCAGGGGGCCCAUCGGGUGUUGGGAGGUACUACGAGGGGGUGGACGAUGUGCUUAGAUUUCAGGAAUUGGGGAGCGACGAUGAAAAGAAUGGUCGUCAGGUAGGCCGCCGAGGUCGGCGGGUUUUGGAUACAACGGGCCUUAGUCAGGACGAAUUAUACUUUAAUGAUAUGGAUGUUCGCGCGUGGGAACGAAGGGCAUCAGCCUACGACGAACCUUACCCUGGAUUUGCAGACGUGGACGAAGGUUACUACGAGGACUUGGGCGAAGUGCUAUCCCCCGAGGACUAUGAAGAAAUGUUGUUCCAGCGCGUUCUCGACAAGAUCCGCAUAGCAAGAGCUGCAGGCAAUGAAGACGUUCAAUUAAGUACAGAAGAGCUUGAUGCGUACCAGUCAAAGCUUCACGGUGCAAGGACGCCUGCUGCGCGUCCUCCACCAGUGUCUCGACCUACUGACGCCUAUUUGAAUGACACAGCGAGCAUUGCAAACGCACAGACUAAACAUGUUCAUUCUUCCUCUCGGCCGAAGAAAGAAAAGGAACGAACUUCGCGCCUCGGGUCCAAAUCGAAAAAGGACAAGGACAAGUCCAGCCAUCGAAAGCGUGUCUCCAAUUCUUCUAGCAUUACAAGUCCCAUACCAGGCCAGAGCUCGCCUGGUUUCAUGAUUCCUGGACCAGAUGGGCAGCCCGUGUUCGCCCCGAUAAACGCAUACCAAGGCAACGUCUCGCGCGAUUCGAUCCCUUCACCCCGUGAACAACUCGCCUCCUCACGCACAACGUCCCGCUCAACAUCUGGCAAUCUCCCACCUCAGCCCGCGCACCAACCAAUGCCUCCACGCGAAGUUCUCGGCGCCUUCCCAGGCUCAGAGCACACCUACCGCCCACCCACACCCAGCCAGCACGAAGCAUCCUUCCAACCCCAAAACCCAAACAUUCCCUCCCUCUCUGCCCGCCAACAAGCCUAUGCCCGCGAACGCCAACUCGAGGCCCAGGGCCUUCUCUCCACUAAUGCACAACAGCAGGCGGCGCGCGCCGUCCCGUUUCCCGUUGAAAUGUACCAAUACCAGGCGUUUAGCCCAGCGCCCACUUCACCGACUAGCUCGCACACACAGACGCCGUCGCAGUCGCAGUCGCAGUAUAUAAGGCGAGUUAGCUCGGGCGCACUGAGCGACGCAAGUUAUAGCAGUAUGCCAAGACGGGUGCCUGUUCCCACGUCUUCACCUACGUCUGCGUCUACCUCUGCGCCUAUGGCACUGCAGAGAAGUGCGAUGGCCUCUUCGAGUGGGUUUGUGACGUCGGGUGGGGAAACGGGGGAGUGGGGAUUGGGUGUUGAGGUUCCGUCGGGUGGGGAUGUUGGGGCUGCGGGUGUUAGGACCAUGGCUGCGGCUACGGCUACGGCUACGGCUACGGCUUCGGGAAGUGUUGGGAGUGGUGCUAAGGAUGGGGAGAGGAGGAGGAAGAGUGGCAAGGCCAAAAAGAAGGCGUGA